ACUGGCUGACACUGCUGUCUCCUCGCAUCAGCUCGCGUUUACAGUGUACACAUUUGACAAUGACGAAUGUUUUCUUUUCACCUCGCGCGUACUGUAAAAUUAUUUUACACGCAACCAAGUAUCCACAUUGCGCGAUUAAUGGCUUGUUACUUGGCAAACAAAAGAGCAAGGAUGGCAGGGCGGAUCUGUACAUCGAGGACGCGAUACCUUUAUUCCACAUAUGCCUACAUGUUUCUCCAAUGGCGGAAAUAGCGCUUACUUUGGUGGACCAGUUAGCAGCUAGCAAAGGCCUUAUUCUGGCAGGUUAUUACCUAGCCAAUGAGAAUAUAAAUGAUUUAAGUACAGACAGACCAGCUCACAGAAUAGCAGAUAAAAUUGCAGAUAACUUUAACAGUGCACUGCUUGUAGUGGUGGAUAAUCGAGAAGUAACUCUAGGUAUGGGAUCUAGUCCAUUGAGAAUUUCACAGUCCAUAGAUGGAAAAUGGAAACCAAAGGAUAAAGCAAAUAUAAUUUAUGAAGGAGGUGUUGCACAUACAGAUGCAAUGUACUCGUUACUAAAGGCGGAGGAGUACAGGAAUCUGAUCGAUUUCGACAACCAUCUCGAUAACAUUGCCCUUGAUUGGCAAAAUCAGAAACUUAAUAAAAUUAUCGACGAGGCUGUCGACAAACAUAAAUAGAAAAAAGACAAUGCAACCAUUCCACACAUAAAUCAUACAAAGAUUGUUUUAUUUAUAUGUUACAUUGCACUCUCUAUCUAUAUUUCAUUCACCGUAUGCAAAGUAACAAAUGUACAUAUGCUAUAGAAUUUAUAAAUGAAUAUCACCUGUUUUUCAA